AUGAAAUCUCUAAAAAUCAAUAACAAAGUAGGACAUUUCAUGGAAGAACUCGUGGAGCUGAUUUUGGAAAAGCUGCCUAAUCUUAUCAAAAAGGUGGAUAAAUUUGGAUGGACUGCACUUCACUAUGCUGCUAAGCUCAAUCAUCCUGCUAAACUCAAUCAUGAAGAUGUGGCAAGGCUAUUAUUAUCUGCUAAGAGGUCUGCGGCUUAUGUUGCUGCCCGCAAUGACGACUCCGAGACUGCUCUACAUAUAGCGGUCAUUCAUGGACAUGUUGCUGUGGUGCAAGAGCUGUUAUCCCAUUGCCCAGAUUGUUGGGAGAAAUAUACUCACAGACGUCAGAAUAUCCUUCACCUUGCAGUAAAAUAUGAACAAAGAGAAGUGCUUGAAUUCGUCCUGAAAAAUUCCUGGGCUUCUGAACUCAUCAAUCAAAGGGAUAAUACAGGAAAUACUCCUCUCCACCUCUACGUUGCUACCAAAAACUUAGAUGGGAGUAGCCUUGUAAAACACCCUUCUGUCGAUGUCAAUUCUUUUGACAAUUCGAACUCGACGCCAUUAGACAACAUAUUACAGGCAGAUGAACUUUCACAAAGACGGUAUAAGAUGAACUUUUUUUUCCACUCCUUUGCAUGGUCACGUUGACUAUUAAAAAGUUCUGUCAAUUUUUCAUAUAUGAUACUUGACUUACAAGAUUUUACUUUUAGAAAAAUAAGAAACUUGAUUUUGUAAGUUAUGAAUAUUCUUAGCCACUAAUUCUCUCAAGUCCAUCGUUACUAUAUUUGCUUAUACUUAAAUUUGAGGUAUCUUUACCCCUAUUUUUUAGACACUCAUUUUUAAAAUCUUAGGCCGUGUGUCUGUGAUGCUACUGGAAUUCUUUCAAUUUAUGUAGAAAAUAUUGUGAUGCACACUUACAUCAUAUUAUUGUUAAGUCUUAAUUUUAGUUUUUCUUUAAAAAGUGUUAAUUCCA